AUGUCCGCCCCCCCUCGCCGCCCCUUCCGGCGCGUGCACAUCGCCAACCCCCGGCAGCCCGCCAUGCAACACCUCAAAUCCGUCCGCUCCCCCGUCGACUCCCAGGCUGGUGCUGCCUCUGCAGCGCAGACCUUUCACGUGGAUAGCGACUUCCUGCAGGCGGUCGGCAACCAGAACCUGACGGUCGAGCCGACCGACAUCCUUGGCUUGCGACUCCUCAACGACAAGGCGACAGAGGCGAUGCUGGGCAAGGCGAAAGGGAAUAAGCCGCGGGAGGAGGAUAGACAGAAUAUGACUGAUGAGGGGAAGGAGAAGGAAAAGGAAAUGCAGGCGCAAAAAAAUAAGGAGAAAGAGGGCGAGGGCGAGAAGAAGAAGAAGAAGCCGAUUGACGAUGAAAUGUACCGCGAGGGGCAGCGUGCCGUUCGCGAAAUCUGCCAUGAGAGAGCACUCAAGCCGGCCCUCGUCUACCUCCACGGCGGCGGUUUCAUCUCCGGCAGCGUGAAGCUCUUUCGCAAGGACAUUAUCCGCUAUGUCAACAUGACAAGCAUGACCAUCUAUGCCCCGGAGUACCGCCUUGCCCCCGAGCACAAGUUCCCAAAGCCCCUCGAGGACGCGUUCGCCGCUGCACAGUGGAUCCGCGAGAACGCCGCGGCCGAGAACAUCGACCCGGAGCGCAUCGGUCUGUUGGGCGUGAGCGCCGGCGGCGCGCUGGCUCUCGGCGUGGCCAUGAUGUGGCAGGACAAGGGCAUCGAGCCGCCCAUUGGACGGGUUUGCGCAGUCUACCCGAUGCUGAACCACCAGAGCGCUGCGGACGCCUAUCUCCCGCGCACAGCCGGUCACAGAGAGAAGGGCUUGCCGUAUGCCGAUCCGUUUAUGCGCGAGGACUUGUCGGGCUUGCCGCCUACGUACAUUGAUAUCGGUGGCCUGGAUCUUUUUGCGAAGGAUGUGGCUGCGUUUGUGGCCCGUCUGGCGGAGGUCAAUGUCAAGGUCGAGUUUCAUUGUUAUCCGGGCGUGCCGCAUGCGUUUGAGUAUGCGGCGCCCGAUGCGAUAGUCUCGCGGGAGGCGAUUCAGCACCGGCGCGAGUGGUUGAGGCAGUUGUAG